AUGAAGGCAACGCAGCAUCCCGAUGGCGUCCCCGCCGUUCGCACACAGUCUCGCGUGGCGUCCGUGAACGAGUCGCUCUAUUCGAACCGUGUGUCGUUCAUCCGCCGCGCUGCCCGCAAAGUGGGCUUCGGGCAAAAGGUGUCGAUGAAGCCCGAGGAGCUGCAGCGCUUCAGCAGCAUGCAAGUCCAGCGCGCCGGUGCCACGCUCGCGCGGAACCCGUCGCGCACCGCGGCGUGA